AUCACUUCAAAAUAUUGGACCGCAUCAACGGCCGUAAGCCACGCGAUCCACCGCCAGAGCAUCCCAACCAACGGUCCAGAUUGUUCUCCGAGUUUUUCCGAAACGCUUUCCUUUCUUUCCUCUCUCCCAACGGACGGCAAAAUAGUCGACGUUUCUCUGUGCCCUAACCAAACUUCCACAGCGCUCUCAUGGUGAUAGGCGAGAUAACUUCAGCAGUAUUUUAGAUUCCUUUCUCUCUCGUCUCGUUUUCUAAUGGCGGAUGCUAUGGAGAAGAAGGGAGGCGGUUUAUUAAGCGAAGGCGGCCUCGCUGUUAUUUCAACGUGGUCCGUCAUUCGUUCCCCUAAUUUGUAUGCUUGCCACCGAUGUGGACUCGGUUUCCCGGUCAAUUGUAGCGUCGAGCGGCUCAAAAUCUUGGAUAGCUUGUGGCGCGUCGUUCUCCUCUGCCAUGAAUGCUUUGCUCUUGUUGGAUCAGGUCAGAUUUGUUCCUACUGCUUCUCGUGGUUUCCAGAGUUGGAAAAGGGUCUUAUUGAUUGCAAUACGUGCUUCCGACGCGUGCACCGGGGCUGCGUCUACCUGCACCACCGCAACUUCUCGGAUUCGCUGCUCGAUGCGCGCAGUUUUGUGUGCGUCGACUGUCGUCCCAUCCCCCAAUUGCCGCGAGAAGAUCUUAAGAAGGAUGGAGGUUCUUCAUCUCGAAGAGCUUUUAGGGUUUCAUUUCAAGAUGCGGCUAAAGGCUCAGCACCGAUUUUAGGGAAGAAGGCGAUUGGUAAAGGUAAGGCUGGGGAGAAUGUGGGAAAAAAGGUAAUUGUGGGAAGGGGUUCUUCUGGUCUUAAGAGGAAGGCAUUUGAUGCUGUUGAUAUGGUCAAGAAGCCUUCUUGCGUCAAUUUAACAGUCCCGGAUGAGAAGAUGGCUCUUCAAUUGCAUCAAACGAUAAAUGGAUCAAAGAGGAUUUUCAGGAGUUCUUGCCCUAAGGAUUUAAGUAAGUUUACUGUUACAAGGAAAGAGCAAUUGAGUCAUAACUCUGUUGCUAGUAUUAUCGACUCAAAUUCUGCUGCCCGUCCUUGCAAGAUUGAAGCCAGUACUGAGAAUGAAUCUAUUCUAGAGGGUAGAGGUGAUUCUAAAUCAAUUUCAACUAAUAUUACAUUAUAUAAGCAGGAGAAUGGGGAUCUGAUGAAGCAAGUUAGGGCAUGCAAUGAAGGCUUCCCUGAGAAUUUUUCAUUGGAUGAGAUGGAGGGCUCUCUGAAGUUUCCAGAUUGUGCUAAUGAUGGAAUUAAUGCUUGCCUUGCGUUGUUACGAUGCCAUACUUUUAAUACUUGGUUGACCAAUACACGGCCACUUAAAAAGCAUAGAUUCAACGAUUAUGAUGGCGAAGAAUCCUCUAAACUGCAGCAAAAAAGCAUUGAUUCUAUAGGUCCAAAUGGACUUUCGAAGAAAUAUGUCGGGAAAAGUUGGGAUUCUGGAAGAAUUAUGCAAGAGAAUUCUCAUUCCACUUUGAAUGAUUCCCUAUUAUCUAAGCAGGAGAAAGGAGAUCUAAUGAAGCUAAAUAUAAUUUGCAACGCACCUUGCUCAAGGGAUUUCUCCUUGCAAGAGAGGCUGAAUAGUUGGUUGAAGAGUACAACACCAGUAGAUAAGUAUAGAUUUGGUGAUUUUGCAGAAGUGGAAUCCUCUAAACUGCAGCAGAAGAGCAUUGAUGUGAUUGUUCCAGGCAUGCUUAUGAAGAAAUAUUUCAGAAAACAUCGAGAUAAUGGAAGGAUUACACAAGGGAAUUCUCAUUCAAUUUUAAUUAAUCGUCCAUUUUUCAAGCCAAGGAAUAGGGUUCUUAUGAAGCAAACUAGGGAAUGCAAUGCAGGUUGUGUAAGAGAUUUCUUCUUGAAGGAGGACUCUCUAAAGCAUGUAGAUUCUGCUGAUGAUGUUGGUAAUGCUGGCCCUGCUUUGUUAACAUGUUAUAGUUUGAGUGCUUGUUCGAAUAGUUCAAUGGCAUUGACUAAAUACGGAUUUGGUGAUUGUAACGGAGAGGGAUCCUCUACACUACAGAGAAAGAGCAUUGAUGCAAUAACUUGUAGGUCUAUGAAGAAAUAUUUUAGGAAACGUUGGAGCUCUAAAAGAAUUAUGAAGGGUAAUUCUGAAUCAGUUUUGGUUAAUAGUCUAUUACGUAAGGAGGAGAAGGAGGAUCUUAGUACAGGCUGCUCAGGGGGCUUUUCCUUGAAGGACAAGGCGAGCUCUUUACAGUUUCCAGAUUUCACUAAUGAUGGUAGUAAUGCUGGAUUUGCAACGUUACCUUGUAAUAGUUUGAAUGCUUUGCUGGAUAGUACAAUUCCUACAACGAAUUAUAGCUUUUGUAAUGGCGAUGGGGAGAGCUUGAAAGAAAUGUCACGAAAGCCUAUUGAUACAAUAGUUUCAGCUAAUAUGAAGAAAUAUUAUAGGAAACGUCAGGGUUCUAAAAGAGUUAUGCAAGUGAAUCCACAAUCAAUUUCAGUUAAUAGUCCGUUAGUUAAGCGGGAGAAUGGGGAUUUGAUGAGAGGGUGCGAGACGAGCUGCCCGGGGGAUGUCUCCUUGAAGGAGGAGAUUUCUGUCAACUUUGCAGAUUCUAUUGAUGAUAGCAGUAAUAUUGAUUCUGGAUUGUUACAAUUUCAUGGUUUGAAUAAUUGUUUGAACGGUUCAAUGCCACUAAUAAAGCAUACAUUUGGUGAUGGGGAUGGAGAGAGAUGCUCUAAAUUGCAGCGUAGGAGCAUUGAUGCUAUAGGUUCAGAUGGGUCUUUGAAGAAAUAUUUCAGAAGAAAAUUGGGUUCUUGAAGAAAUAUGCAGGGGAGUAACAUGCAAAUGCCACUUUGACAGCCAGGUUGCUUUGGAAUGUCCUAUGUAUUCUCUGCUGCUACGUUCUUCUGGAAGCAAUUUGUGAAGAUCCCACUCUCAGAGGAGAUAGGUUGUAUGACACUCAAAACUUGACCACCUGGUUGAUAUAGUUAUUCUUGGUGCAAACUUCUACUAGAAUGAAUUUGUAGAUAUUUUGCGCUGACUGUACCCCUGUUACCUCAAGAUGAUUUUAUUUUUUUAUUUUUUUUUAUUUUUGUCAC